CUACUAUUCAACAUUACCCAGCAAUCAUCAGAGAUUCUUGUGCACCGCCUGCCUCUAUCAAAGUUUUCAUCUUUUAUUUUUCCUAAGGCUAAAGGUCUCGCCUUUCUUUUGGGGGCAAAGAUGAAUUCGAUUUUCUCACGUAGAGUCGUCGUCGACUCAUCUUCGCGUCUCACCAAACUCCUCGCGAACCCAACAGCUCAUCCUCACCCGAAUCAUCACCACUCCUUCACUUCCCUCUAUCGACCGAGUCAGACCCGCCAUUUUCGAACUAACUACCUUCCUCCUACCCCUUCUCCUCCUCCCACGAGCCGCUUCGACCCUUCUCUCCUAUGGCGAUCGGAGAAAAUUCGUGGGUUUUUCACGGGGGCUGUAAUGAACAAAUCCGCGAAAUUGGGGAAUCUCGUGGAAUCGAAAGUUGGGUUCUUUCGUUCUCAGUUUCCUAGAAAGGGUUUCGAGUUCGGAGGCUACUCUGGGUUUCAGAGGCGUGGAUGGAAGAAUUGGCUUCAAGGAUUAUCAGAUAAUGACGUUGUUCUUGGAUUACUGUUAGCUAACGCUGGUGUCUUUCUCAUGUGGCGUGUUUUUAACCAACGUUUCAUGAUGAAUAAUUUCAUGAUAUCGUUGGACAAUUUCACCAGUGGACGUAUACACACACUGAUUACUUCAGCAUUCAGUCAUAUUGAUAUUGGACAUAUCGUCUCCAACAUGAUUGGACUCUACUUCUUUGGAACCAGUAUCGCAAGAAACUUUGGCCCUCAGUUUCUUCUGAAACUGUACUUUGCUGGAGCGCUUGGUGGAUCUGUGUUCUACUUGAUUCACCAUGCUUAUCUAGCUGCGUCUUCUCCCAAGGGCCAUGGAGCUUUCGUGAGGGAUCCAUCGAGAACCCCGGGACUGGGUGCUAGUGGAGCUGUGAAUGCCAUCAUGCUGCUCGAUAUCUUCCUGAACCCAAGGGCUACUCUAUACUUUGAAUUUUUCAUUCCAGUUCCUGCAAUGUUGCUUGGAAUAUUCAUUAUCGGUAAAGACAUUUUAAGGAUCACACAGGGGGAUAGUAACAUCUCAGGUUCUGCUCAUUUGGGAGGAGCUGCAGUUGCAGCCAUUGCUUGGGCUCGGAUUAGGAAAGGCCGCUUCCGUUUCUGAACCUUUUUGACCUUAACAUUGCUUGGCUUUGGUCAUCUUAGUAGAGAGAAAAAAACUAUCUUCAAAUGAUUUAGCAAGUCUGAGACCAUAUUAUGGAUCACAAGAUCAUUAGAUUCUACCAUUCUAUUUAUCCAAACAUUAAACAAUCUGGUCUGUAUUUGUUGCUGCUGAACCUAACUUAUAGACUGAUCCACUUUGGAACAUCAACUCUCAAUCAUAUUAGUUUGUUAAUUAAGU